AUCGUAAUUCUCUCGUCUUCUCCCCCUUCGCGAGGGAGCGUGUGCGACAAAGCGAAGCGGCCGAGCCAACGAGGUAGCGGCGAAGUAGGGCGCCGAAAGCCACCGCAAGCGGAAGCUCCGGCGGAAGGGAGGGCGGGCACCUCGAUUCGGCCUCACUUCCUCGUCAGAUCCCCGGAUCGACGACUCCGUCCUAUCGAUCUCCUGCCGGGUUUCGAUCUUGGAGCACGGGAGCAGACAGUGGUGACCUGGAGAUGAGCGUCGAGAGCCCCGGAGCAGUCCGAGGGUAGGGUUUUGGCUGCACGGGUCUGGCACUGGACCCCCAUCUAGGGUUCCGGAGGAGUUCCAUGGGAGAGGGGGGAGUCGCGUGUGCACCCUCGCAGCGUAUCAUGGAUCGCUUCCCGAUUCCGGAGUCACUCUGUGGGGGCAAAUACGUGGUUUCUUCGAAUUCCUUUAGGGCGGAGAAGAGCUCGAGGAAUGGCGAGAGGAAAGAUGAUGUCGAGAGGAAGGGUGAGUAUGGUGGUGAAAAAGAAAUGAAGCUGGAUAAGAAGGUGAAGAAGAUGGAGUUGGAGAAAGGAGAGCUUGUGCUGGAGAGGCAUCGGAAAGGGGAGUUGGAGGAAGGGGAGUUCCUUAAUGGCGAAUUGGAAAAGGAGGAGCUCCGAAAUGGUGAAGUGGAGAAGGGGGAGUUUGUUCCUAGGAAAUCACGGAAAAGUGACGUUGAGGUGGGAGAACGACGAAAGAGAGAUGAGGCGUCAAGAGAAGUUAUUUCAGAUCGACGGAGUAAAGUAGAGCUGGAAAGAGGGGAGUUUGUUCCAGAUAAAUGGAAGAGAACAGCAGAACCGGAGAAGACACAGACUCAGUCCAGCAGAGGAAGGAAGUUGGACAAAGACAAAAAUGAUGUACUGGAGAGAUUGCGGAAGCAUGCCCGGGAUUUUUCUCCAGAGAACAGUCACCGGAGAAGUGAUAGACACACAAGUGAUGCUGACUCCAGGAAGCGAUCAUCAUCCAGAUGGGAUGGCAGUGUCUCUGAUAGGGAUGCUAGGAAAUCAUCAGGCGAGGCUAAGCACGAUAGGCACCAUUCUAAUUUGCCUGAUCAUUCAGGAUCAAGGACUAGUUCUGCUAAUUCUGAGAGAUGCCGUAGAACUGAAUCCUCCUCUGCAUUCAAGGUCUUAUCUUCCAGCAAGUAUUCAUCUUCUAGAUUCACUGAUCCAUCUCUUUCUUCUGGAGGUACCCAUGAUCGCCACAGUCCGGGCCAUUCUGAGAAGUCACCAAAAGAGCGCAGCAGCCACUCUAAUAGCAAGGACCUUAGUCCUCGACGCACCAACCGGUCCCCACACGAGAAGAGUCGCCACUUUGAUCGUAGGGAUCGUACUCCAAGUCGUUCAAAUAGAUCUCCACGUCUACGAGUUCGUCACCAGGAUCACAGAGACCGAACUCCUGUGCGCUCAGUGCGGUCACCAAAUCCACAUGAUAUACGGCAUUCUGCAGAUCACCGAGAAUCAAGCAGGAAAAAUAAAGUCGGCGAAAAGCAUCAAUCUAGCAGAAAUGAUGAUAAAGUAGGAGGAAAGGAUCAUGGUGAAAAAGAUAUUACUAAUGGUAAGUCAAAUAAGAGUCAUGCAGACAGAAGUAGUGUUGAUAAACUCUGCAAGGAAAAGCUGUUACAUAAUUCAAAUAGGCAGUCUAGUGAAAUUCCGCCUCUGCCGCCUCUGCCACUACCUCCUCCUCCUCCACCUCCUCCACCUGCACUUCCUCCACCACCACUUUCUGCACCAGGAGGUUUUGAAGAUCCAUCAUCAAUGGAAGAGGAUAUGGAUAUAUCAGACACUCCACCACGUGACCCCAUCUCAUCUGAUAUUGAUGCAUGGAAAUGGUUUUAUCUUGAUCAUUUUGGUACUGAACAAGGGCCUUCGAAACUGGUUGAUCUCAAACAGCUAGUGGAUGACGGAUUCCUCCUUUCUGAUCAUCUGAUAAAGCACGCUGACAGUGAUAGAUGGGUUACCGUUGAGAAUGCAGUUUCCCCCUUGGCGCAGUUGAACAUUCCCUCCAUUGUUUCUGAUGUGGUAACCCAGAUGGUAAGUCCUCCAGAAGCCCCAGGGAAUUUGUUAGUUGAUGGUGCUGUUCUUUACCAGGAAACAUCCGGUUCUAUGCCUCUGCAACAAGCACUUCUUACUGAUGAACCUUCAAUUUUACCAGAAUUUAUUCAAGAUUAUCAUAUAGAUGAGAGGGUGAAAAUGUUGUUGGAUGGAUACAGUAUUAUAGAUGGAAAGGAGCUCGAGAUUAUAGGAGAAGCUCUGAAUGCGUCAUUUGAGCAUGUGGACUUGGAAAACUGGGGUCAAUCUGAAGGUUUCUCAAGAUUCAAGGCUCAAACGCCAUUCAUGUAUCCAAGAAAUGAGGUUGCUAGAGAUCAAGAAAAUUUCUCAACAGAAGUUACCGAAAUUAGGCCAGUUUUUGCAUCUUCUGAGAUGGAUCAUUUUGUUCCUGGUGGUAGCCAUAGUGAUUGGUUUGCUGGGAGGUGGUCUUGCAAAGGUGGUGACUGGAAGAGGAAUGAUGAUGUUAAUCUUGAGAGAUCUUACAGACGGAAACUUGUCAUCAAUGAAGGUUAUCCUCUUUGUCAGAUGCCAAAGUCUGGGAUUGAGGAUCCUCGUCGGCAAAAGAAGGAAGAUCUUUAUUAUCCUUCCCGGAGUAAAAGGCUUGAUCUGCCAGUUUGGAGUUUUUCAUCAGCAGAUGAUAAUAGUGAUAACAACAUUGAUCAAAGUAAAAAUGUAGUUAGUAGCAGAUCAGUCCAAACUAAACCUUUGCCUCCUAGGGGUACGAAGGGUAUACUUCUUCCUGUUGUCCGGAUAAAUACCUGUGUAGUAAAGGAUCAUGUUUCUUCAGAACCUUCUGGAAAGGUUAAAAGCAUUGAACUGCACCCUUCAAGAUCUUCACGAUCACACUCUAGUAGCGAAAGGAAUUCUCUUCGUGAAGGUUCCUCUCGGUCAAAGAAGUCGCAUGAACAUGACCAACAAAUUCUGCAACGAUGCAAGACUGUGCUCACUGUUCCCAGGGAUCGGAUUUGUACUGUCGAUGAUUUAUCUAUUGAUGCGGGUGAUUGGUUCUAUCUAGAUGGUGCGGGCUGUGAACAUGGACCUUUCUCAUAUUUGGAAUUGCAAGAGUUAGUUGGUAAAGGUACCAUAUUGGAGCAUAGCAGUGUCUUUAGGAAGAAUGACAAUACUUGGCUACCAAUUACUAAAAAACUGAAGUUUUCCGAAACUAUAAAUACUGAAGGUGGAGCAGGCACAUCCGCUGAAAAAGGUUGUUCUACUCUUGCUCAGUCAUUUCUAAACAGUGCUAGUAGCUCUUCUCAUUCACUUCAUAGCUCGCACCCUCAGUUUGUUGGGUUUACACGUGGUAAGCUGCAUGAACUUGUCAUGAGGUCAUAUAAGAACCGGGAGUUUGCUGCUGCUAUCAAUGAGGUUUUGGAUCCAUGGAUAAUUGCGAAGCAACCAAAGAAGGAAAUGGAUAAACAUUUUCCAUUUAACUCAUCUAUCACAAAAAGCUCUGCUGUUUUAGCUCAUGAUUUGUCAAGGGAUACUAGCUGGAAAUCAGAGGAUUUGUUGUAUCGUGAUGGAAAAAGAGCUCGAUUGCUCAUUGGAGAUAGUGAUGAGGACUCUGAAAUGGGGGAGGCUGUAAUUCCCAGUGAGAAGCUUGACUGCUCAUUUGAGGAGUUAUGUGGUGAAUGUGAUGUCUUUGCAGAUCUUGUUACUACUUCACAGGCAGAGAAUGAAAACUGGGGUCUGUUGAAUGGGCGCAUUCUUGCUAGAAUCUUUCACUUCCUAAAGAGUGAUAUGAAGUCUCUUGUCUACUCUGCUUCAACAUGUAAACAUUGGAAUACAUUGGUAAAUUUUUACAGAAAUAUUUGCAAACAUUUUGAUUUGUCCUCUGUUGGACCAAAGUGCACAGAUGCUAUCUUCCACUUGCUUAUGGGUGGUUGUGACAGGAAAAACCUUACGUCCAUCGGCUUAAUGAACUGUGUCAAUGUUACUGCCAGUGCUGUUGAAGAGGUCCUCCUGGUGUUUCCACACAUAUCUUUUAUUGACAUCAGUGGAUGCUGUCAGUUUAAAGAACUAAAAGUUAAGUAUCCAAACAUUAUGUGGAUAAGAAGAUCAGGUUCAGCUAAAAGUAAAAAUCUCGAGGAAUCUUAUUCAAAAACAAGAAGCCUAAGGCAGAUAACAGAAAAUUACUCAUUGUCAAGAACGUACCAGUUGUUGAAUGGCUAUCUGGAUGAUUCUGACGAUCUAGGAAAUUUUGCCACUGAUGAGCCAAAUUCCUUCAAUAGAAACAAUAUUUCAGGCCUCCAGUUCAAGCAAGGUUUUUACAAGCGACCCAAGCUACUUGAUGCUAGAAGGUCUUCAGAACUUCUAUCUAGGGAUGCACAGAUGAGACGCUGGUUGCAUAGAAAAUCUGAGAAUAGCUAUAAAAAGAUAGAGGAAUUUAUUGCCAAUAGUUUGAGGAGCAUCAUAAGAGGGAGCAAGUCCGAAAUCUUUAUGCCCAAAAUUUCAAAAAUUGAAGAUAGGAUGAGAAGUGGCUAUUAUGUUCGACAUGGCUUGAGCUCUAUCAAGGAUGAUAUUAGUCGGAUGUGCCGUGAUGUAUUUAAAUCAAAUAGACGGAAUGAUGGAGACAUGAAAAAGAUUAUCAUUUCCUUCCUUCAAUUGAUAAAGAAGUUGGACAACCCAAGGUUGAUCAGUGAAAGAGAUGAGAUGGGAAAGGCAGGAAAAGACAAUUCUGAUGCAGGAGCAUAUAUAUCUGAAAAAUACAAAAAGAAACAAAGCAGAACUUUGGGUGAAAUUAAGAGGAGUCUCUCCAAACUAAAGCAGAGAGCAAUGGAUUCUGAAAGUGAAACAUCAGAAGAGAAUGAAAAUGAUUUCUCUGAUGAAGAUGAAAGGGCUGACGAUGAAAGUACUGCUUCUGAUACAGAAAGUGACAUGGAAGUUCAUUCAGGAAAUUCAACAUGGGAGUCAAGAGGAGAUGAGUUCUGCAAAUUGGAGUCCAUUGAGUCAGUGGCAAUAGAUGACCGGGAAUGGGGUGCUCGCAUGACUAAAGCUGGUUUUGUUCCUCCUGUUACCAGAAAGUAUGAGAUCAUUGACAAAUAUCUUCUUGUAGCAGAUGAGGAGGAAGUACAAAGGAAAAUGCAAGUUGCAUUACCUGAUGAUUAUUCUGAGAAACUAUUAGUCCAAAAGAAUGGUAUUGAGGAGUCAGAUAUGCAAAUUCCUGAGGUUAAGGAAUACAAACCCAGAAAGUCUCUUGGAGUUGAAGUAAUAGAGCAAGAAGUAUAUGGAAUAGAUCCUUAUACGCAUAACCUCCUCUUGGAUUCUAUGCCAGAUGAACCAGAAUGGGUUCUUACAGAUAGACAUAAAUUUAUAGAAGAGUCUCUUCUCCGGACAUUGAAUAAGCAAGUCAGACAAUUCACUGGUGCUGGUAACACUCCAAUGGUUUAUCCUUUGCGACCUGUUUUAGAAGAAAUGCAAAUGAAUGCAGAGGAAGGAGGUGAUAGACGAACACUGAAAAUGUGCCAGGCCAUCCUAAAGGCUAUAAGGAGCCGUCCUGAUGAUAAUUAUGUUGCUUAUAGAAAGGGCCUUGGGGUUGUCUGUAAUAAGAAGGAAGGAUUUGAGCAAGAUGAUUUUGUUGUUGAGUUCUUAGGAGAGGUUUAUCCAGCCUGGAAAUGGUAUGAAAAACAAGAUGGUAUACGGUCCUUGCAGAAAAAUAAUCAAGAACCAGCACCUGAAUUUUACAACAUAUAUCUGGAGAGACCGAAGGGUGAUCGUGAUGGGUAUGAUCUUGUUAUUGUUGAUGCUAUGCACAAAGCAAAUUAUGCAAGCAGAAUUUGUCACUCAUGCCGACCUAAUUGUGAAGCAAAAGUUACAGCUGUUGAUGGUCAAUACCAGAUUGGUAUUUAUUCUCUAGGACCAAUUGGUUAUGGCGAAGAAAUCACCUUUGAUUACAACUCUGUGACAGAGAGCAAGGAAGAAUAUGAAUCCUCAGUUUGUUUGUGCGGUAGUCAAGUUUGCAGAGGCAGCUAUCUGAAUCUUUCAGGAGAAGGAGCAUUUGAGAAGGUUUUGAAGGAUUGCCAUGGAGUUUUAGACCGUCAUAAGCUAAUGCUAGAGGCUUGUGAUUCCAAUUUUGUCUCCCAAGAUGAUUAUGUUGACCUAGGAAGGGCUGGUCUGGGACCUUGUUUGCUUGACGGAUUACCUAAUUGGCUUGUUGCCUACUCAGCUCAUCUGGUGAGGUUUAUCAACUUUGAGAGGAAAAGACUUCCGGAUGAAAUUUUAAAGCAUAACCUAGAGGAAAAGAGGAAAUUUUUUUCAGAUAUAUGUCUUGAGGUUGAGAAGAGUGAUGCUGAGUUACAGGCUGAGGGUGUAUAUAAUGCAAGGCUUCAGAAUAUUGCACUCACUCUUAAUAAGGUAAAGUAUGUUAUGAGGUGCGCAUUUAAGGAUGCAAAGAAAGCUCCACCUCCGAUUGAAAAAUUCUCGGCAGAAGGCAUGGUUUCAGUCCUUUGGAAAGGGGAGGGUUCCUUGGUCGAGGACUUGCUACAUUCCAUGGCACCUCAUGUAGAGCCAAAUGUACUUAGCGACCUAAAAUCCAAGAUUCAAGCCCAUGAUCCAUCUGGUUCCGAUAACAUCGAGAAUGCAAUCCGCAAGUCUUUAUUAUGGUUGAGGGAUGAAUUGCGAAAUCUUCCAUGCAGCAAGAAGUGUCGGCAUGAUGCUGCUGCAGACUUGAUUCAUAUAUAUGCUUACACAAAAGUGUUCUUUAAGAUCCGGGACUACAAGUCUGUUACAUCUCCCCCAGUCUACAUCAGCCCUCUGGACUUGGGUCCCAAAUAUGCCGAUAAGAUGGGGUCAGGUUUCCAGGAAUUUUGCAAGACCUACGGCGAGAAUUAUUGCCUGGGCCAGUUGAUCUAUUGGUACAGCCAGAUGAAUGCUGACCCAGAGUGUCGACUAGCGAGAGCUCGCAAAGGUUGCUUAUUGCUGCCCGAUAUCUCUUCCUACUACACAAAGUCCCAAAAGCCAUUGCGUGAACAUUACAGCCUUCGGACUGUACGGUUUAUGAUGUCGCGGAUGGAGAAAGAGCCACAGCGGCCAUGGCCAAAAGAUCGAAUAUGGCUUUUCAAGAGCAACCCUAAAUUUUUUGGCAGUCCGAUGCUGGACGCUGCCCUCAAUAAGUGUCCAUUAGACAAGGAGAUGAUGCACUGGCUCAAGACCAGGCCGGCAGUGUUUCAAGGCUGACAGACCAAGCGUGCAGCAACAACAUGCUUCUAUAGUCCUCACGACAUUCCUGGUGCGUCCAUUGACAAAAUUCUUUUGUUCUCUCUCACAUAGAGCCCACCUUCUUUUAGCUUGUGGAGAGUUUGCCCUUUUGUUUGAAGUAGCAUUUCCCCACAUGUACAGCUUCCUCAGCUUGUAAUUUGUAUUGAUUAUUUAGGAUAGCUCAUCAUUGAUCCAAUGUAGAAAAAAAAAUCUCUUUAAAAAAAAAAACCUGUUUCUUUUGCUAGUUCCUGGAGCUGCUGUGCUGACACAUUGUACAGAUAUUGAUGAUAUGUAGCAUGCAAUCACCAUAUGGCAAGUUCUUGUGCCUUGUUUCUUUC